GCGGCCGGCGGGCGGAUGCGGACACGGACGCGCACACGUGCGGAGCGAUGGCGCGGGAGGGCUCGGCGCUCUUCGCCGCGUUCCGGGUGCUCGGCCGCUUCAGCGGGCACGUCCCGCACGUCCUGCGCUAUCACGGCCGCCACCGCGAGUUCUACCUGGCCGUCGCCGUCGGGCGCAGCGUCCACACCUACAACGUGAAGAAGCUUGGUAUUGUUGCUGUGAGUAACACUUUGCCGCAAGACAUCACAUGUUUGGCAGCAGAUCGCAUGUUGAUAUUUGCUUCAUACGACAAUAUUCUCCAUGCUUUUGCCAGGAACAAAGAGGUGGUUCAUACCUAUGAAGGCCACAAGGCAAGGAUACACCUUCUACAGCCUUUUGGUGAUCACGUCAUCUCUGUGGAUGUCGAUAAUGUUCUCAUUGUUUGGAAUAUACAGUCAGAAGAAGAGUAUCUUCAGAUAGAUUUUGAUAAAGCCACUUUUGCAGUUUCUGCACUUCUGCAUCCCAGCACCUAUCUGAAUAAAAUUCUCCUUGGGAGUGAACAAGGAACCUUGCAGCUAUGGAAUAUAAGAUCCAACAAACUCUUGUACUCAUUUCCAGGAUGGGGCUCAGCAGUCACAACUCUUGAACAAGCUCCAGCAGUGGAUGUUGUUGCAGUCGGCCUUGUAUCUGGUCAUAUCAUUGUACAUAAUAUUAAGUUUGAUGAAACUCUGAUGAAAUUUCAGCAGGACUGGGGUCCCAUCACAGCAAUAUCUUUUCGUACAGAUGGACACCCAAUAAUGGCAGCUGGUAGCCCAGUUGGACACAUUGCUUUGUGGGAUCUAGAGGAGAAGAAACUGAUGUGUCAGAUGCAAGAUGCCCAUUCCACAGCAAUAGCUGGCAUGUCAUUUGUCCCUGGAGAGCCACUUCUUAUUACUAAUGGUGCUGAUAAUGCUCUACGGGUGUGGAUUUUUGAUGGACCUGGUGGUACAGGUCGGGUAUUGAGAAGCCGAAAGGGACAUAGCGCACCGCCAACAAAAAUCAGGUACCAUGGGCAAAAUGGAGAGCAAAUUCUUAGUGCAGGUCAAGAUGGAACACUACAGUCUUUUUCAACAGUGCAUGAAAAGUUCAAUAAAAGUUUAGGACGUGGUUCAAUUAACAAAAAGAAAUCAAAAAAGAAAGGCCUUAAGCUGGAUAUGAUGGCACUACCACCGAUUACAGCCUUUGCUUCAGAAGUGGCACAUCAGAGUGACUGGGAUGGUAUUAUUGCCUGCCAUCAAGGGUAUAUAACCUGUACAACCUGGAACUAUCAGAAAACCUCCAUGGGAGCUCACAAACUGAGGCCAGAAGAAUUUAGCAAACACAAACCUAUUGACAUAUAUGCAACAGCAGUUGACAUUACCUCGUGUGGUAACUUUGCUGUAAUUGGGAUGUCAACUGGGCAGGUAGAUGUGUACAACAUGCAGUCUGGCAUUCACAGAGGGCGUUAUGGCAAAGAAAAAGCACAUGAAGGGGCCAUUAGAGGGGUAGCGGUGGAUGGAUUGAACCAGCUGGUAAUCACAGCUGGUAGUGAAGGAUUAAUUAAAUUUUGGAAAUUCAAAAUGAAAGAUCUGGUUUAUUCCACUGAACUUUCUUCUGCUCCGAGUGGAAUUCUGCUUCACAGAGACAGUGGUAUUCUGGGAAUUGCCUUUGAUGACUUCACUAUUAGUGUUUUGGAUAUAGAAACCAGGAAGAUUGUCAGGACAUUCUCAGGACACCAUGGACGGAUUAAUGACAUGACUUUCAGUCCUGAUGGUCGUUGGCUGAUAACUUCAUCAAUGGACUGUUCCAUUAAGACUUGGGACCUUCCCUCUGGAUGCCUCAUAGAUUGUUUUUUGGUAGACUCUGCAGCUGUGAGCCUUACUAUGUCCCCUACAGGAGAUUUUCUGGCUUCAGCACAUGUGGAUGAUCUUGGAAUUUAUUUGUGGUCAAACCGUUCUUUGUAUUCACUUGUGUCAUUACGGCACCUUCCUGCAGAUUAUGAACCUUCUUUGGUGACACUCCCCAGCACCUGCCCCAUGCAAGAUGUGGAUGUGUCAGGAGAUGAAGAGCCAUGUGAUGAGAUGAUAGAAUAUGUUUCACCUGAGCAAUUGGGAGAGCAGCUGGUGACCCUUUCCUUGUUACCGGAAUCAAGGUGGAAAAAUCUCCUCAACCUUGAUAUUAUCAAGAAAAAAAAUAAACCAAGAGAGCCACCAAAAGUUCCAAAGUCAGCACCUUUCUUCAUCCCAACAGUUCCUGGUCUUAUACCCCGAUACGUUCCACCAGAGGAGGAAAAUGAUACACAGUCGAAGGUAGUAAACCUUGGAGUGCUGGCACAAAAAUCUGAUUUCUACAUUCAUCUUGAAGAAGCCCUGAGCACCAACAAAUAUAAAGCUCCACUUGACUUACUGAAAAGCUUGGGGCCAUCUAAUAUUGAGAUAGAACUACGGGGUUUGGCCCCUGAAUGUGGUGGCUCAACGGAGGUGAUGCUGAGCUUUCUGAGAAUGAUUGGGAUGAUGCUGAACAAGAAGUACAACUUUGAACUUGCUCAGGCGUACCUGGCACUAUUUUUAAAGUUACAUCUUAAGAUUCUCUCAUCGGAGCCAAAACUCUUGGAAGAAUUAUCCAAAUUGUCAAUGCAACUUGAGGAAACUUGGAUUCACUUGCAGAGUCUCUUCAAUCAGAGUCUGUGUGUUUUAACAUACAUGAAAAGUGCUUUGCUGUAAAAUACUUCAGGGUUUUGUCUGUAUAAGAUUUCCCUCAGAGUAACAGUACAAUUACCAAAAAUACUGGAUUCCAAAAAUCAUACUGGGUCUUGGAAUCAUAGAAUCAUUAAAGUUGGAAAAGACUUCCAAGACCAUCAAGUCCAACCUUCUACUGAAUACCACCAUGCCCACUAAGCCAUAUCACUAAGUGCCAGACUUCUAAUUUUUUUAAUAUUUCCAGGGAUGGUGAUUACACCUUCCUGUUCCAGUGCUUCUUCUGGUGCUGUAUUUUAUACAUCUACAUAUGGCAGAGUAUUUUAGAACAUGCAUAACUGCCUAGUUUUCUUCACUUCACUUGGAGAAAAAAUUACUAUGUGCAGCUAAAGUAUUUGUUGUGUUGGGCUCUUCUGUCAACGGACAGACAUUUGGAUUCAAGGCCCUGAGCAACCAUGGCAGGGGGUUGAAACUAGAUGAUCUUUAAAUUUCCUUCCAACCCAAAGCCAUUCAAUCAUUCUCUGAUUCUAUGGCUGCAUAAAAUGUAGUUUAUAAUGAAAAAAUGACUUGCGGGGAAAAUAAAGAAGUGGGAAUGUAACUCCUGUGCCGGAGACCAAAACCUAUAUUAUUCUUAAUAAAGUCAUUGUUGAUGCAAAAAUAAAACAAGAAGUCUGAAUUGUUAACACUUUA